GAUCAGAGUAAACGACAUCGCCGAGCAAAAUGUCCGGUCUGAUCCUCAACCCGAAGCCAUUCCUGACAAACCUCACGGGCAAGCCUGUCGUUGCUCGACUCAAGUGGGGGAUGGAAUACAAGGGCGUACUGCUGUCAGUGGACUCAUACAUGAAUUUGCAGCUGGCCAACACGGAGGAAUAUAUCAACGGAGAGCUCACGGGCAACCUGGGAGAGACACUCGUGCGCUGUAACAAUGUUCUCUUUAUUCGAGGACUGCUGGAUGACGAGAAGCCGCCCGCCGAGGCACUCACGAAUGCUGCGGAGUCCAUGACGGACGACCUGUAGAGCUGCUCAUAUAAACAAAGAGAGAAAGAGUGGAAACAGGUAAUAUUAUGGACUGGGGAUCUCAGCGACAACGUGCCUCUCUAACGGCAAGGGAAUGGCUGGCACCAUCGAAGGGUGCCAGACCAACAGCAGAUAAAAUGGCUGUAGCACCACGCAGA